GUCUGUUAUUGCGUCAGAUUUUUUGCAUGUUAAGAAAUAGAACUUUUUUCCAUUAGCCUAAACGUAGUUUAAAACAUAAACCUCAAUUUUACUGCUUCAUUUGAAAUUGCUUUAAGAAUCAACAGCUUAUAAGAAUCUUGUAUCGUCCUACACCGGAUAUUAUUCUUACAAGUGGAAUGCACUGUAAAUGGUUUAGCCCAUCCUGCGUCAAAGGUUGUCAGGAAGCUAGUGGUCUACUUAUUAGGGCGUUGCAGCAGGAGUUGCCGCGUCAGACUACGCUGAAAGCGCCAGAGAGAUUUUGUCUGUAGGCUUACACGACUCAUCUCGGUUUCCAAAAUGAGGGAAAUUGUUCACCUUCAGGCAGGACAAUGUGGUAAUCAGAUUGGAGCAAAGUUUUGGGAGGUGAUCAGUGAUGAACAUGGCAUCGACCCUACUGGCAGCUAUCAUGGAGACAGUGAUCUUCAGCUGGACAGAAUCAAUGUCUACUACAAUGAAGCCUCAGGUGGUAAAUAUGUCCCUCGUGCCGUCUUGGUGGACCUGGAGCCUGGCACAAUGGAUUCUGUGAGAUCUGGGCCUUUUGGCCAGGUCUUCCGGCCAGACAACUUUGUCUUUGGCCAGAGUGGUGCUGGAAACAACUGGGCCAAGGGCCACUACACUGAGGGGGCAGAGCUGGUGGAUUCAGUCCUGGAUGUGGUGAGGAAGGAGGCGGAGAGCUGCGACUGCCUGCAGGGUUUCCAGCUCACUCACUCCCUGGGUGGGGGAACGGGCUCUGGUAUGGGUACCCUACUGAUCAGCAAGAUCCGAGAGGAGUACCCCGACCGCAUCAUGAACACGUUCAGCGUGGUGCCCUCUCCCAAAGUGUCGGACACGGUCGUGGAGCCCUACAAUGCCACCCUGUCUGUGCACCAGCUGGUGGAGAACACGGAUGAGACCUACUGCAUUGACAAUGAAGCUCUGUACGAUAUCUGCUUCCGCACUCUCAAGCUGACCACACCCACCUACGGGGACCUCAACCAUCUGGUCUCUGCCACGAUGAGCGGGGUUACCACCUGUCUGCGUUUCCCUGGGCAGCUCAACGCAGAUCUGCGCAAGCUUGCCGUCAAUAUGGUUCCAUUCCCCCGUCUGCAUUUCUUCAUGCCUGGGUUUGCACCCCUCACCAGCAGAGGGAGUCAGCAGUACAGAGCCCUGACGGUGCCUGAGCUCACCCAGCAGAUGUUCGACGCCAAGAACAUGAUGGCUGCCUGCGAUCCACGCCAUGGCCGCUACCUCACGGUGGCUGCUGUCUUCCGUGGUCGGAUGUCCAUGAAGGAAGUUGACGAGCAGAUGCUGAACGUGCAGAACAAGAACAGCAGCUACUUCGUGGAGUGGAUCCCCAACAACGUCAAGACGGCUGUGUGCGACAUUCCUCCUCGUGGCCUCAAGAUGGCCGCCACUUUCAUUGGAAACAGCACGGCCAUCCAGGAGCUGUUCAAGCGCAUCUCUGAACAGUUCACCGCCAUGUUCAGGCGCAAGGCCUUCCUGCACUGGUACACAGGAGAAGGCAUGGAUGAGAUGGAGUUCACUGAGGCUGAGAGCAACAUGAAUGACCUGGUGUCUGAGUACCAGCAGUACCAAGAUGCCACUGCAGAAGAGGAGGGCGAGUUUGAGGAGGAGGGAGAAGAGGAGCUGGCUUAAACAGUGUUGUUUGUGUAUAUGCAUAACUGAGCUGUGUCGUGUUUCACUGGUGUAACAAUUAUUGCAUCCUGUGUUUAGUAUUUGUCCCUUUGUUGUUGUAUUUGCUGUCAUGUCUACUGUUCUUUCCUUUCCUUUAUGUACAGCUGAAACAUCAAUAAAACAGUCCUUUUUCAUUAACCAGUGCCUUUAUUUAUGUACUUGGCAACAGAAUAGUUAGCAGUUUUAUUAAACUUGAAAUACUGACUGAUCACGCAGUUGACAAGCUACUGCUUACCUCCCCAG